UCGGCAGACGUGGCACUGGGGAGAAGGGAUGCGGGACAGACCAGCCCCACGGGACCGGCCCCCCAAGAGGAACGGGGUCACUGAACCCCCUCGGCAGACGUGGCACUGGGGGGAGGAGAUGCUGGACAGGCCAGCCCCACGGGACUGGCCCCCCAAUGCCAGCGGGGUCACCCACCCGCCCCAGCACGCGACGCACUGGGGGGAGGAGAUGCUAGACAGACCAGCCCCGGGGGAUGUUCCCCCCAAGAGGAACGGGGUCACUGAACCCCCUCGGCAGACGUGGCACUGGGGAGAGGAGAUGCUGGAGAGCCCAGCCCCACAGGACCGGCCCCCAAAGAACACUGGGGUCACCACCCCGCCCCGGCACCCGUCGCAUGGCGGGGAACGGAUGCAGGCGACGCCAGCCCUAGGUGACCAUUCACCCGACCGCAGUGGGCUCGGUGAACAGCUGCAGCGCCCGUCCCAGUGGGGGAGAGGGAUGCCGGAGCCCACCCACGCUGUGGGUUUGGCUCAGAAGGAGGCCGGGGCCCAGGAGCCAGCGGGCCCCCCUGAGGUGGGCGAGAGGGCCCUGCUGGCCAUGCUGACGGCCGUGGCCAACAGCCCGCUGCCGGUGCGCAGCCAGCAGAAGGACGAGCCGGAUUUGACGGCGGAGGAGAAGCUGGCCAUCCUGCGGGCGCUGUACCGGGACAAGCCCGUGGUCUUCCUGGAGCGCUUCCGGCGGGCCCUGCGCGUCGAGCACCUGGGCUGCUUUGCCCACCUGGCCGCCCGCUACGAAGUGCGCUUCUACUGCGACGAGGUGCGCCGGGCCGCCCGCGGCAAGGCCGGCCACACGCGGGUGCGCAACAAGAGGUACGCCGCCCUGCAGCAGCUCAUCAAAGGUACGAGGCCGCCAAGCCCUGCCCCUCCCCGCGCUGGGGGUGGGGGCCUGCUCUCACAGUCAGUGGCGCCCUGGUGCGAGGAGUCCAGCUCGGCCUCAGACGCCUGGGUCCCCGACACGGAGGAGAAGGCCUUCCUGCGUGAGGAGUUCACCAGCCGCAUGCACCAGCGCUUCCUGGAUGGCAAGGACGGUGACUUCGAUUACAGCGAGGUGGACGAGAACCCGGAGUUCGACAACCUGGACAUUGUGUCGCGGGACGAGGAGGAGCGUUACUUCGACGGCGAGGAGUCCGAGGAGGCGGAGGAGAUGGAGGCGCAGUAGGGGGUCCCCUGUCCCCCCCAACCCCCUCCCCCCCCCAGCCUGGCACCCUGAUUGGGGGCAGGACCCAACGCCUGUGCAGUAACCCAGACUCCUAGUCUGUGACCUGGGAUCCUUCCCCUCGUGGGCUCAGGACGUGUCCCCGCAAGGGCCUUCCCCCCGUUCGCUUUCCCCAGGUCGCUCCUGGCCUGUGAUCCAGUCCAGACCGCGAUCCCUGCCCCCCUUCUCCCCAGGGCUGAGGCACCCCCCUCGCCCCCCAUGGGCUGUGUGAGCCCCACGUCUCUGCCUCCCAGGGGCAGCCCAGAGCCAGGAGAGGUGCCGGGGAGCAGCUGGGGAGUGGGAGGGGCUGCCCAGACUCUGCCCCGGCCCCCGCUGGAUCUCUGGCCUGGGCUCUGAGCCUCCGGGCCCCUAGGGCGGGAAGCGUUCCAGAGGCCCAGGGCUGCACCGGGAAGCAGCCGCUCACG